CAUCUGAGUUCUGUUGACACUUUCAAAUUUUAACUGCGGCAUAUGAUUAAAAUAUCUUUACCGUUUUACGUACUUUUAGGUACACUGGUAAUAUUAAAAAAAAAAUUGUUUUAUUACAUAAAACAAAUAUAGAUUUUUGAUUCCUGUUUAAAUUUAAAUAAGAUUUGCUCAUGAUCUUUUUAAUACGAUUAUAUUUUGACAAUAAUUAUAUAGGAGCUAAAUGAAUUAUUUUGUUUGUGUGUGUAUGUUUAUUUAUAAAUAUUAAAUAAGGAACAAUAUAUACACAUUAAGGAAAUGAAUUCUCCAAGAUCACCACACAAUAAUCUUAGUUCUGAAUUAAGGAACAUUAUUACUAACAAAAAUGCAUUGAGCAUGAAAUCACGCAUGAAAGUUUUAAAUGCUCUUAAUGAAGAUGAUAUAAAAAAUAGAGCUGAAAGAGAAAAGCGUUUGAGACUCCAAGCUAUACAAGAAAUUUUAACAACAGAGGUUACAUAUUUACAACAGUUAGAAAUAUUAAUGGAGUUUUUUUUACAACCAAUCAUUGAAAAGAAGUUGGUAAAUCAUAUAAUAUUAAAUACAUUACUUGAAAAUAUAAAAACACUGUAUAAUAUUAGUGGAGAAUUAAUUAAAGAAUUAAAACAAGAUACUGAAAACAUUUCUGGAGCAUUUUAUAAGCUUGCACCAUUCUUUAAGUUAUAUUCUGUUUAUGCAUACGAUUACGAACAGUUAUCAACACUUUUACAGGUUACUCAAGAGAAGGAUCCUACUUUUAAAAAUUUUAUAAGCAAACAAGAAACACGACCAGAAGUUGGGAAAUCGUUGUCUUCAUUAUUAAUUACUCCGAUACAGAGAGUACCAAGAUAUAAAUUACUUUUGAAAGAAGUUCUACAACAUACUCCUAACAAGCACAGAGAGUAUAAUCUUUUACAAGCAUGUUUAGUUGAAGUUGAAAAAGCUGCAGUACAUAUUAAUAAUUUAGUUGCUGAGAAUGAAGAUAUUCAAAGAUUAUUGAUGCUUCAAAAGUGUAUUGUAAACGGAGUUAAUUUAGUAAAACCAGGAAGAAAAUUAAUUAAGCAAGGAACAUUAAUGAGAGUUUCAAGGAAUGGUGAUACUGCUUAUAGAAGAUAUUUUGUACUUUUAAAUGAUACUUUAUUAUAUUGUAAGGGAAAACCAGAAAGUUCAUUGACUGUACGUUGUGUACUUCCCUUAAAUAAGUGUAAAGUAGAAAGUGUUUUAAGUGGUGGACUUUUUCGUGUUACAUGCUUAGAAGAAAUGCUCUUUUUAUAUUCAGAAGAUGGUGACAGCAACUCUUGGAUACAAUUAUUGCAAAAAGCCAUUGAAAAGUACACAGAAUGUAGACAAACUUUGAGGAAAGAUAGUAGUUCAAGGCAACCACUGAGACAUAAAAAUAUAAAUUUAUUUCCAUCUGAGGAUAUACAAGAAAAAUACAUCAAACGAAAAAGAACAAAAGAUAAAAAAGAUGUUCAAUUGAAUCCAUCAAAUAUAAUGUAUUUUGAAAAGGAAAAUCAAGAAAAUGAAACGGAAGAACAGCAAGAAAAUUGUUUUCGAUUAAAUAGAAAAUUAAAGAGAUUUAAAAAUGAUAUUCCUACAGGGAUUCCCAUGGACAAGGAUACAUCAGAGAUUUGCUUUAUGGAAAGUUCAGAUACAUCAGUAUCAUAUUUGACUAAUUCAGAUUCUAUACAUUCUUUAUCAUUAAUAUUCAAAAAUAUUUGUGAAUAUUUUUCUUAUGUUAGUUCAUCUAUACAAAAUUUUUUUAGAUAUAGAUAGCAUUUUUGUUCUUUUACAAAUGAAUUGUAAUAUAUAG